AUGGUCGCAAAAGAGAAUGGGCGGGCGCCAGAUGCUGCAGUCAAGUCAACUGAACGGAAAGACCCUGGCAAUGCACGGGAGAGAAAGAGUUCUCUACGAUGGACAGUAGGGCUAGUCGUGCGGUUGUGUAUAUGGUACGCGCUGAUUACACCCUUCCUGCGAUGUCCUUCCGACCUUUCAGGAUUAAAUGACACAUCGCCCCGGGUCUGCAAGCCCUAUUUGAUCGCUCGGUCACACGUGGAACCCUACAUCUCGCCCUAUUAUAACACAUAUGCGGCACCUUAUGUUGACCAAGCUCGUCCUUACGUGGAGAUUGUGCAUCAGCAGGUGUAUAUUCCUGCUUCGGGAAUCGCAAAAUCUGGAUAUGAUAAAUAUGGGGCCCCGUCAUUGGCUCAGGCUCAGGCCUAUGGAGCAGAGCAAUGGAGACUGCAGGUGACACCGCGACUACAGAAUGUUCAGGACAAGGCGAAUCAGCUUUAUACGGCUGAGGUUGAUCCAUAUGUCCAGCAAGGCGUGGCCAUCGUGUCGCCCUACUAUCAACACACGAACACUGUAGUUCGCACUGUCUAUUGGGACUAUCUGGUACCUUUCUAUACCCAAUCGAAACCCUUCAUUGGGAAAACCUACACGGCCGGCCAGGAUAUUGUAAUAAACCAUGUCAUGCCCGGCGCACGGUCUACUUGGUCGGCGGUGGUCUACUUUGCCAACAGUUCUCUUUGGCCUCAAAUUACGGGCCUCUACUCAGAGCAAGUUGAACCCCAACUGGUGAAGAUUGGCCAGCGAUUGGCAAGUUACCGAGAGGGUAAACGAUUGCGCGCUGUUGUCGAAGAAUCAGAGAGCCCGUGUCAUCGACUGUCACGAAAUUCGAGGGGAAAAACCCAAACAUCGACUUCUGUGACUACCACAUCCACGAGCGUGACUCCCCCAUCCCAGCCAACGCUGUCACCCACUGAGCAGGCCCAGCAAGCCCGCGAAAGAAUUGCCACAGACCUUGAGAGAUGGCAACAUAAAUUUGCGGUUGCAGCCGACAAGGGAGUUGAGGACCUGGAAGAACGUAUUGAGGAGAUUGUGGCUGGUCUCGUUUCUAGCAGUGCCAAUAGUCAUGGCGCGAGUCUUUCGACUGCUCUGCAAUCAGUGGCCGCUGAUCAAGUCUCCACCAUCCAGCAGCGCAUCAAUGACCUGGUGAAGUCUUUGCCGGAAGAAGAUGCCCCGGAGGCUGAAGAUUCUACGCGCCACCAGCUGGUCAGUGACAUCAGAAACUCCGCUAUCAACGUGAGAGAUCGUGCCCAAGCGCUCCGGGAAUGGUCUCUGUCAUUCGAUGAUGAACUCCUGCGCCGGGUCUCCGCCGCUGUUAACUCGACUGCGGAUGUUCUCGACAGCAUCCGUGACCUUGGCUUGCAGGAGAUUGGAAUACGGUGGGCCUGGAUGGAUGGCGUGACUUACAAAGAUUGGGCACGGUACCAUGCGCUCAAGGUUCAGCUUGAGGACUGGCGCAAUGCAAUUCGAGAGGUGGGCAUGAACCAUAAGUCAAUUGCAGAGGCCAGAAGCGUGGCCACUGGCAUUUUAGAUCACGGCAUGGAGGUUGCCGAAGAGACAGCCAAAGAGCUUGUCCGGCUCAAGGACGUUGGCUAUUGGAAGAUUGCCGCUCGCGAAGUGAGUGAUAAUUUCGACACAAGGACUGAGCCCCCGCCUCCACGGUCUCAGCCUCAGAGCGAGCCCGAAGACGAGACUGAGGGCUCGGAGAAUCAGACACUGGAGACCGAUCACGAUGAAUCUUCAGAGGCAAAUUCGUACACGCCUGCACCCUCUAGUGUCUCCGAAGCGGAAGAUUCCGUUCCGGAAUCUGAAAACUUAGCGCCGAAGCCAGAGGAUACCGCAGCCGAAGAUUCCCAUGAAACGUUCGUGACCGAGGAUGAAGCCGGUGAUCAGUCUGUCUGGGUCGAUGAAAUCGUGGAAGACGAAAAUGUCUCAGCCAAACCUGCUUGGGGUGUUGCCGCGGCUGAUGUGCCCUCCAAACAAGAGCCUGUCUUCGAGGAUGAGGACCAGAUUGUCAACUCGGCCAGUCAAACAACGUCCAAGUCUUCCAACGGUCCUUUGGUCCAAAUCUCUUCGAUUGCCUCCUCGAGGUUGAACGAGGGUCUUAGUAUUGCUUCCGAGCAGCUAGCGCAAGUGACACAAACAGCACCCGCAACGAGCUCAGUUGGUUCCCAGCCAUUCGUUCUCGAUGCGCAGCGCCGCUACUACGAAGCCGUCGGUCUUGCUCAUGAGCACUAUACCGCCUUUGUCUCAACGGCAUCCCAUGCAGUCUACGGAACUCCAACACCCACCCCGCCUCCUAUAAACGUCCAGGCUAUGAUUGAAGAAGCUGGAUCACAGUACGAGCAUGCCUCUUCCCUGGCAUCCGCUAGCCUUGCUGCCGUUGUUGCAUCGGCAAGCUCUGCCAUCUCAUCUGUCGACAAUGAUCAAUCGCAACGUAUCAUUGAUGACGCUUCGUCUAGAUACUCAGCCGCUCUCUCGGCAGCUUCAGCUUCCCUCUCCCUGGCGUCCGCGUCGGCCAGUUCCGCUUUCUAUGGGACAUCCACGGAGUCGUUGGAAUCUUUCUCAAUCCAAGCAUCUGAGAAUUGGGAAAACCUCGUUUCCAAAGCCAGCCAGCAGUUUUACGGUGCGCCAACGCCGUACUUGCAACAAGUUAUUGACAACCGCCGUUUGGAAUUCGAGGCAGUUCAGGGAAUCGUCUCCGAACUUUUUGUUGGUAAACAACCUUCCUUCACGGAGAGUGUGAUGAGCAAGCUCCAUGCCGUGUAUGAAACACCCUAUCCGGCCGCCGCUGUGUCCUCUGCCUCCAGCUACCUCGACGAGGCUUACGGAUCAGCCUCUUCCGUGGCUGCCGCCUAUGUCACGGGAGCUCCCAGCGUUGAGGACAUCAUGCAACGCGCAAAUGACCAACUCAAUGCCGCCAUCGAGGUUGCCAGUGUCGGUAUCUACGGUACUCCCAAGGGCUCUUACGAGCAGGCCACCGAUGCCGCAGCCGAUGCUUACUCGACAGCAUCUGCGCGCAUUAGCAGUGCUGUCUACGGCAAAGAGUCUAAUUACAUUGAUGUCGCCAAGGACUCAAUCAAGAAAAUCCAGUCCCAAGCUAGUGCUGCCAUCUACGGGGAAGAACCUGGGGCAGUAGAGAGUGCCACCAGCCGUCUCGCUCUCGCCGUUGAGAGCGCCCAGUCUCGGGUGGCUGAUCUGGCUUCUAGUGCUAGCAGUGCAGCCUCCGAGGCUGCUGACACCGCUACGUCGCAUGUGGAUGAUGUGACUAAUAGCAUCAAAAAUGCUGCCUCUUUGGCCAAGGACGAAUUGUAA